UCCGGGACUGGUGUGAAACACCGAUGCCGAGCACAGGACAAGAGAUGGGGGGAUGGAGUGGGCAGUGGCGUUUGGUAACCCCAGGCGUGGGGCGAGCACCGUGGGUGAGGAUGGCCUGUCGUGACAUCCCCCAGCGAUGGACGGCGGUGCCCCCGAGUGAUGGGUUCUGAGGUCACCGAGGAAUGGACUGUGAUGUCGCCGAGCGACGGAUUGUUACCACGCGUCCCUCCCUGCUUGAAUUCGGGCACCGAGCCGCAGCCAGCCGGCUCGUGCCCACACUCCAGCUGAGCGGGUUCGCGAGGUCUGGAGUGUCGAGCGAGGCCUUUGCUGAGCAAGUGCUGGUGUUGGGCUCGGGCAGUUGUUUUCCGCAGCUCUCCGCGCCCAGCCUCAGAGCCGUCCAAGGCUUCUCCCCGGCCCUGCCAGGUUCAGGCAGCCGGGGCACCCAGGAGGCACGCUCGCAGCAGCAGAGCGUGACACCCGCUGCUGCAGCGCCGGUGACAGGGAGCAGCUCAACGUCCCCAGCUCCCCCCAGCCCACCGCAGCACGUGGGGACCAUGCCCGUGGAGCUGGACAACCGCUGUCCCAUCUGCCUGGACAGCUGGGAGGAGGCCAGCUACGUGAUGCCGUGCCUCCACCAGUUCUGCUAUGCAUGCAUCCUGCGGUGGGCUGAGAGCAAGCCCGAGUGCCCCCUCUGCAAGAGGAACGUCACCUCCAUCUUGCACUCGGUGCAGGCGGACGACAACUUCAAGGAGCACGUUGUCGCACCACCUCCAGUACCACCAGUUGCCGUCCACCUGGCAGGAGGUGCUCCUGGCCAUCCAGCCGCCCACAACCAGCCAUCAGCUGCACAGCCGCUGCCCAGGGCUCCUGUGGGCAGCCUCCAUCCCCACGUCUGGGCAUCCCUCUUCCAAGAGGACCCAGCUCUGCUCCGGCCCGUGAUGCUCUGGCUGCGACAGGAGCUGUGGCUCUUCUUCGAGGGUGGCCGCUGGGAAACAGCUGCAGCGCGGAGGCUCGUCCUGUCCGGCCUGCACCUCUUCGGCCUGGACGAGGAAACCCUGUUCCAGCUGCUGCAGGGUGCCCUGGGCGAGUACACGAGGACCUUUGUGCGCCAGCUGAUCGACACCAUCGUGGAGCGGUGCGGCGGGGAGGCACGACGCCGGAUGGGCCUGGAGGACGCCCGUGCCGCCGAGGAGCGGGAGGGCAGCCCUGCGGCUGCCCCCGGCCCCGCUGCCUCCCAAAGGGGGUCUCCUGCCCCCAGCCCAGCCCCCUCCAGCAGCCGGGGCACAGCCGAGGCGGAAGAGCUCCCCAGCACCUCAUCGGCUGCCCUUCGUGGGGGUCCUGGCAGCCCUCCCUCUGCCCCUGUUCCCACCCACAGGGAGCACGACGAGCCACAGGAGGACCCGGAGGAGGCUGUGCCCGGGCCCUCCGCUCCCAGCCAGGGCAGCGAACUCUCCCCUGGGGGACCCCGGAGAGCCCCAAAGAGGAGGGCUGGCAGCCCCCGGGCCUCGUCACCUCCCAGCAAGAGGCCACCCCACCGGCCACAGUAGGAGGGUGCCCCAGGAGCUGGCGAAACCAGGGACGGGCCAGCAGCUGGGGCACCCACCAGCCUCCCAAAGGGACCCGGAGACGCUCAUUGGUAGCCUAGCGCUAAUGAUCAAAUCGCACAAUAAACGUAUGAAAAGUG